GUGAACGGCUCUACCAGUGCUUUCGCCCAUAGUAAUCACUGAGCUGUUUACAGCGUUUUCACCAGCUCCCCAGGGAGGUGUCAUUAGCCCCAUUUUACAGGAGGGGAUUCGGGCCCAGAGGGGCUAGAGGAUGUAUCAGCCGAAGCAGGCCUUCCCGAUCCAAAUGCGAACCCCACAGCAGCCCUUGCUGGCUCCUGCACAGGCCCUAGACGUGAGGAAGUCAGAUCCCGGAAUCCGGAGCCUGGGGAGCGACGCGGGAGGAAGGCGGUGGAGACCAGCAGCCCAGAGUAUGUUCCAGAUCCCAGAGUUUGAGCCGAGUGAGCAGGAAGACUCCAGUACUGCUGAUAGGGGCCUGGGCCCAAGCCUCACUGGGGACCAACCGGGUCCCUACCUGGCCCCAGGUCUCCUGGGGAACAUCAGACACCAACAGGGGCAGGCAGCCAACAGCAGUCAUCAUGGAGGCGUUGGGGCUAUGGAGACCCGGAGUCGCCACAGUUCGUACCCCGCGGGGACCGAGGAGGAUGAAGGGAUGGAGGAGGAGCUCAGCCCCUUUCGGGGCCGCUCGCGUUCGGCUCCCCCCAACCUCUGGGCCGCGCAGCGUUACGGCCGCGAACUCAGAAGGAUGAGCGACGAGUUUGAGGGUUCCUUCAAGGGACUUCCUCGCCCAAAGAGCGCGGGGACUGCAACACAGAUGCGACAAAGCGCCAGCUGGACGCGCAUUAUCCAGUCCUGGUGGGAUCGAAACUUGGGCAAAGGAGGCUCCACCCCCUCCCAGUGAUCUUCUGCUCCACAUUCCCAGAACUCUACCGGCUCCCGACGCCCGCCAUAUUGGGUGUGGGCGGAAGCCUUCCGAAGACUUAGGGAUAAAAAGAGGAUCGCUGUGUCCCUUUAACAGGGAGAAGAGCUGGCCAACAGCAUGAGUCCCUUCUGGUGCGUGCAAUAGCCACGAAGGGGUGGUUCUCGUUGGAAGUUUCAAAGUUUCCGCCUCCCCCACCUCAGCUUCCGGAAGUGACUUUUCCCCUCUCGGUUACCGGGCUGCCCUCAGGCGCCUGCGCCAAGUUGAGAGUCGGGGUAUAAAACCGUGACUUGGCUGUAGCCCUAUCAUUCGAACUGGGAGCCCGUGGUCACUACGUGCUUUACAAUAAAGCCCGCGCCUGUGCUGCCGCAA